UAUAUUAAAGAUAUGAGUAAUUUCACAACAUUUCGUUAAGAAUCUGAAGUUUAAGAAAGAAAAUAAGUUACACUUCCUUAAACUUAAUAUGUAGGCUUUUUAAAAUAAAUUUAGACGACAAUGUACUCAAGAUCAGAGAGACCAUAAGGAUAUUAAUUUUGGCAUAAAAAAGGCAAACAAAAUUCAUACCAAAGCAAAGUGUUAUCAACUCAUUAUUAAAUGCAAACAUCAUUCAAUCCUGGAUAAUCAAUUCAACUAGGAGGUUGUGCUUAAAAUAUCUAGUGUGGAUCUAAUACUUAAUCUUGCUGUCCUCCCUAAUAAUAGGCUGUUGUAAGAUUAGGAGUAGUAUCCAAAGAAGAAAUAGAAGCACCUUGGAGAGAUGAAGUCCUAUAUUUAUAAUAAUUAAUUGCUGAAUUAGAAAAGAAAAAGACUGUUGAAGUUGUAAAGGAAUUUGAUAACACUAGAGUAUUUACUAAAUUUUACACUUUAGGUACAUGAAUUAGAAGAUGAAAAUGAAAGAUUGAGAUUAUUAAUCCAGCAGACUUAAAGUGAGACUGUGACUCAAAGAAUUACUGAAGUUAAUAAUGAAGCUGAAGUAUGGAAAAGAAAGUUCUAAGAAAUUAAUCAUGAUUACAGUGAAACUCAAGAGAAAUUAAUGAAUGCUGAAAUAGAAUUAGAAGCAUUAAAAAAAUAGAAGGUAUCCAAUUCAAUUUUUAUAUAGAUUGUAACAUCUUCCAGUACAGUCACCAAAUCAGUUGUGAAAACAUCGGGUUCAACUGUUAGAUAGAGUGCUUCAGGUAUAAAGCCACCUGUAUGAUUAAAUAAAAAC